UUGGUACUCAUCAAACCAAAGUUUCUCAACCUCAGUGUAGCUAUUUUCUUUGCUUACAAAUUGCUUUUGAAAGUGGGCUUGAACUUCUUCCAAAACUUCUACAAGAUUAUUUAGUAAUGUUUCUUGGUUUUGGUUUUGUAGUAUUACUCUAUUCAGAACCACUUUGUGAAAAGGCGGCUUCAAAAAGCUAG